AGCAGGUUACAUAUCCAGUAACCUUCAUGUGAAUUAUACAAACAACUUAAAACAUCUUUUUUUUUUUUUUAAAAGGAAGUUUCAAGUUCUGGUCUUGGCCAAAAUGAGUGAAACGCCUUCCUCUAGUUUUUCCAUGAUUCAUCCGACUUCUUCUGAAGGUCAGGUUCCUUCUCUUCGCCACCUGAGCGUCACUCACCCCGUGGUGGCCAAAAGGAUCAGCUUCUACAAGAGCGGAGACCCGCAGUUUGGUGGGGUCAGCGUGGUGGUCAACCCUCGGUCCUUUAAGACGUUCGAUGCUUUGCUGGAUAGCUUGUCCAGAAAGGUGCCUCUGCCUUUUGGGGUGAGGAACGUCAGCACCCCUGGGGGAAGGCACGGCAUCACCUGCCUGGAGCAGCUGGAGGACGGCCAGUCGUACCUGUGCUCGCACAGCAGGAGGGUGCAGCCCGUGGACCUGGACAAGGCCCGCCGGCGCCCGCGGCCCUGGCACAGCAGCCUGGCGCUCAGCGCGCAUGCGCACCGCCUCCCCGCCGCCGCCGCUCCCGGCAUGCUGCGCGCCCCGCGCCGGCUGCUGGUGUUCCGGAACGGGGACCCGAGCGCUGGGCGCGUGGUCCUUCUGAGCAGGAGGGUCACCCAGAGCUUCGAGGCCUUUCUGCAGCACCUGGCGGAGGUCAUGCGGUGCCGCGUGACCAGGCUGUACUCCACGGAUGGGAGGAAGGUUCCCAGUCUCCAGGCCGUGAUUGCGAGCCCGGGAGUUGUGGUGGCAGCAGGGAGGGAGCCAUUUAAACCAGGAAAUUAUGACAUCCAGAAGUACUUGCUGCCUGCUAGAUUACCAGGGAUCUCUCAUCGUGUGUACCCCAAGGGAAAUACUAGGUCAGAAAGCAAAAAGAGUGGUAACUGGAAAGUUUCCAUAACCACCAGUGACUUGCCAAAUGCAGGAACCAGCUCACAGGUUUAUAUUAUACUAUAUGGACAGCGAAGAAGCUCAGCCCCCAUAUAUCUUUAUGGAACAGAUGGAGCUCGAUUUCAGGAUGGCUAUGAAGACAUAUUUACUAUCACGGUUGGAGACAUUGGUACACUUUUUAAAAUUCGUAUUGGUCAUACAAACUCUGGAAUCUCCCCUUCUUGGCACUGUAAACAGAUACAAUUGUGGGACAUGAAUUCUGGAAAAAAGUUUUAUAUACCUGUACAACGAUGGUUGGCACGAGAUCAAGAGGAUGGGGAAAUCUGUCGAGAAUUUCCUGUUUUAAACAGAGGACAACCCACUCUUCCAGUGACAGUAUAUGAAGUGCAUGUGGCAACAGGCGAGCUUUGGAAUGCUGGGACAGUAGCAAACGUCUACAUAUCAAUCUAUGGGAAAAAGGGAGAUACAGGAUCCAGACAACUAUUUCGACCGAAGAGCUCCAUCAGUUUUUUAAGAGGACAAACUGACACCUUCUUCCUAGAAGCUGUGCACCUUGGGGAUUUAUACAAAAUUGUCAUAGGACACGAUGGGCUUGGCCCAGGAAAUGGCUGGUUUCUUGACGAUGUUGUAAUCAGUGAUCCUACAACCAACCAUGAAUAUGUCUUCUUCUGCCACAGAUGGCUGGAUCAAGGGGAAGAUGAUGGUAAAAUUGUCAGAGAACUCUAUGCCAGGGAUAACAAUAUCAUCUCUGCAAGGCAGAAGCUAGAACGUAAUAGAAAGGAAACAUGGGCUGCAGAAAGCUGGAAGUUUAUGAAGGGAAAUACUCUUCAAUUCUACAACAAGCUUACGGGAGGGUUUGUCCGUCUGCAUCCAGAUGGCAUAGUUGAUGCAGUUGGAGAGAAGACAGACAAAUAUGGUCUCUUUGAUGUUAUUUUCAACAAAGGAAAUAUAUGCAUAUUCCAAAGUCAUGAAAUAAGGCAUCUUUCUCUUGCUGUUAACAAUGGCUUUGUCACUGGAAUGGCUAGUGGUGGAGCCUCCACUGAGCUACGGGUGCGUGUUCAGCCCAACCGCUGUGCACUUCUUGAGUCAGCACAGGUUCCUGGGCACACCGUUAUCUUUGACUCCCAUGGCAAAAUAGCUGAUGAAUCAUCAACAGGCUAUGCAGGCCUUUCCAAAGAAUUUGUUGUUUUUGUCAAGGGUGUGUUCCUCAACAGUGCUGUGGUUCUGCUUGCCACAAGCCUGUGCCAAGCCCUGUGUCUCCAGCCGGAUGGCAGCUGCACUGGAGUGGGAAACCAGUCUGAAAAAUCCUACUGGAAAGUGCAUAAAAUCAGCGCUGGGAUUUGCAUGUUUGAAAGUGUGAAAAAUGCACGGAUGUAUCUGAGGAUUAAAGAUGGCCAGUGUGAUGGAACAGGUACAGGAGAUAUUGACUGUCACUUUAAAAUUAAGAAGAACUUGGAAAAUGCAUCUAUAAGCCUGGAAUCUACAAAGAGCCCAGGGUUGUUUGUUGGACUCCAGUCAGAUGGACAGGUGAAACCAGUUAUUUACACCAAGAGUGGGAAUGUUUUCUUCUAUCCACAAGUCAUCAAAUUUGGCAGAGAAAACCCAAUGGGUAUGUCUGCAACAGCCAGCCAAGAAGAGGAAAAGAUCCAGGAGUCAAAACACCAGCAAGAAAUACCACCUGAAUCUGAGGCCAGAGGUUCCUCGCUUUCUUCAACUGCAAAAGAAGUCAGACCUUCCCGGAGCAAUGAGACUCUUCUGUCAGAAGAUGAAUGGAAGGUGUUAGUGCUGACAGGAAACACAGGGACUCGAGCCAAUGCCACACUCUGGGUGUAUGGAGAUGAAGGAGUCCCUGGACCAAUAAGUCUUAGCAAGGACAGCCCAGAGCAGCUAUUCCUUCCAAGACAGGAGGAUGAGUUUCAGGUUGAAAUAAGAAACAUUGGAGAGAUAUAUAAAAUAAGGAUAGGACAUGAUGCAACUAGUGAACAACCUGAAUGGAACUUACAGAAGGUGACCAUGCAGCAUAUGAAGAGCAAGAAGACCCUAGAUUUUGCAGCAAAUGUGUGGUUAUCUCGAAUCCAAGCCGAUGAGGAUGUUGUCUGUGAGCUUCCUGCCAUAAAAGGAGGACAAGCUAUGUUUCCAUUAGUGAGGUACCAUGUUGACAUCCAUACUGGGCAACUGAAGAGAGCAGAAAUGUCGGAAGUUUCCCUGUGUCUCUACGGGGAGAGGGGAGACUCUGGCCUUAGACUGCUGUGCAACUCCAACAUGCCAGUCAAAUUUCAAAGAGGACAGACUGACAUGUUUCAAAUAGAAGCAGUGUCACUUGGCAAGCUGCAGAAGGUGCUGUUGCGCUGUGAGGCCAGUGACAAAUCUCAGUACUGGUAUUGUGAGAAGGUCAUUGUCAGAGAACCUGGCACCGCAUCCCAGUCCAUCUUCUCCUGUGAAAGAUGGCUUCCCUUUAUGUCUCAGGGCAUAAUUCAUUCAGAAAUUGAACUUUAUCUUCAAGAAAUGCAAAUAAAUCAUCAACCUAAAAUACAAGAGGAAGCAAAUGAAGGAGAUUGGAAGUUGACUGUUGUCACUGGGGAUCUUGAAAAUGCGGGCACCACGGCAACAGUAUCCCUUUAUGUUUAUGGAGAAACAAGAUGUUCAGGUCCAAUUAUUUUAGGCUCUGGGAAACACCAGCUGUUUAACCCCAACAGUGCAGAUAUGUUCAAGAUUAAUCUUACAGUUAUUGGUGAAAUCUAUAAAAUACGUAUUGGACAUGACAACAGUGGAAAGGACCCCAGGUGGUAUCUGGAAGAAAUUCAACUUGAAAACAUAGACACAUGUGAGCUGUUUUGUCUAACUGUUGAAUCUUGGAUAGCUGAGAAUGAAAAUGAUGGUUAUACAUGGAAAGAAAUGCCCAUUGUGAGAACUAACAAAGCAUCUUUGCCAGUGGUGGUUUAUGAGGUCUACACUGGCAGGAGGCCAGGUACCGGGACAGAGUCUAAUGUAUUUAUCAGCCUCAUCGUCCAGGGGGACUCGGCGAAUCGAAGUCUUCACCAGUCCAAAAAUAACAAAGUCAAGUUUCAAUAGGGACAGGUUGAUAUUUUUUCCAUUGAGGCAGUGUCCCUUGGAAAAUUGAAGAAAGUUCUGAUUGGUCAUGAUGGCACAGGUCCCGGUAAGAUUUGCUUUCUUGGUAAGAAGUUUGUUUUGAAUAUUUAUCAAAAGUCUCAUAAAAGGCAGGUGCUGUUUCCAUGCAACAGAUGGCUAGAUGAGUACCAAGAUGAUGGCAAGACUGAAUGGGAACUGCUUGCAGAAAGUAGCUACUGUGCAGUAGGAGAGAUUGGAUCUAUGGCCUUGUGAAAGGGCCAGCUUGGGUCUGUCGCUGUUUUGUGGCUUCAAAAAACUAUUGAUCUGACUCUAAUAAUAUUUUUUCCCU